GGUACCCGGCCUUUUGGAGGGCCAGGAAGCCACUAGGACCAGAAGGCUCCAGAACCCCGCUCAGAAAGAAGCGGCGCUCAUCCAGCGAAGGGAAGUCGGGGGCCUAGUGUGGGGCAGGGAGCCGGACAGGGGCCGGGGUUUCUGCCCUCACAAGCUGUGAUUUGGGACUCCCUAGACCAAGAACCGCUCCUGGCCUGGCGUGGCUCUGCUCUGCUCUGGUCUGGAGGUCCUGGAGAUCCUGGAGAUGUGGGCCGCCCAGGUGCUUUGGGGAAGCCUUGGCCUCCUGCGUAUAGCCUGGUGUCUUCUCCCACAGGCGGGUUACUUGCAUCCAGAUGAAUUCUUUCAGUCUCCUGAGGUCAUGGCAGAAGAUGUCCUGGGCCUGGAGGUCUACCGUCCCUGGGAAUUCCUCCCCAGCUCACCCUUGCGAACAGUCCUCUUCCCGCUGUUGACCACUGGCUCUGUGUUCUGGCUGAUGGAGCUAUUGGACAAGCUGGGCCUCUGGCCAGGCGCGAUCAGCAGCUACACCCUCCUGGUGGGGCCCCGCCUGGUCUUCACAGCUCUCUCCUUCACUCUGGACUGGGGGGUGUACCGGGUGGCCCCGCUCUGGGGAGCCGAUCCCUGGCAAGCCCUGGUCCUGCUGGCCGGCUCCUAUGUCACCCUGGUCUUCUACACGAGGACCCUGGCCAACGCUAUCGAGGGGCUUCUGUUCAUGUGGCUUUUGGUGCUGGUCUCUCCGGGCACAGACGGGAAGCUGUCUCCGCGGCUUGGGGGGCACAGCUGGCUGCUGGGUGCUGUGGUGGCCGCGGGCUUCUUCAACCGGCCCACGUUCUUGGGGUUCGCCUUCCUGCCGCUGCUCUUCUGGUCCAGCGGCCGAACCACGGUGGUGCCUCUGAGCACGAAGGCCCUGGUCCGCAGCAUGCUGGAGCUGCUGCCUGGGGCCACGCUGGUGGCUGCCCUGUUCGUGGCUGCCGAUACAUGGUACUAUUCCUCCCGGCUGGGGCUGGGCCCCCGCCUCGUCCUGACUCCUGUCCACUUCCUCAGCUACAACCUGGACCCCCAGAACCUGGCGCAGCAUGGCACACACCCCCGCCUCACCCACCUGGCCGUCAACGGGGUCCUGCUCUUUGGGGUUCUGCACGUUGCAGCAGUAAUGGGCGCGUGGAAAGUGCUGAAGGAAAGCUUGGCCUCCGUGGCUCGUCUUCAGGCUCCCUGGACUUUCCCGGACAAGAGGACCGUCCUCCUCCUCUUCUACUUUGUCCCCCUGGCCCUGCUCUCUCUCUUCGGCCAUCAGGAACCUCGGUUCUUGGUCCCUCUCCUGGGGCCCCUGACCCUGUUCAGCAGCCAGAAGGGCCGGGGGGUCUCCCCGUGGAGAACCGCCUCGGUCAUUCUCUUCAACGUCCUUGGGGCCCUGUUCUUUGGCUGCCUUCAUCAGGGUGGCCUCGUCCCUUGCCUGUCCCAUCUGGAGCAGAGCAUCCACGCCCCGGCUCCCAACGGGCAGCCCUCCCACUACACCCUGCUCUUCAGCCACACCUACAUGCCGCCGCGUUACCUCCUCGGCCUUCGAGGGCAAGAGCCGCCCGUGGAGGUCAUUGACCUGGGAGGGGCGGAGAGCCAGGCCUUUUGCCAGACCCUCGACCAGCUAGCCAGCCAGCCCAUCUGCGACAUCGCUGGGGGCGAUCGGCUCUGCCGGAUUUUUGUUGUCAUCCCUGGGACAGCCAGGGAGGCUGCAGCCGCCUGCCCCUUCUCCCUGAGGAAUGAGAUGCGGGUGUUUCCCCACUUGACUCUGGAGGACCCGCCUGGGCUCUCUGCCCUGCUGAGCAGCCGCUGGAGGGAUUCCCUUGGCCUCUACAUCCUAGAAGUGGGCGAGCGGAGGGAGCAGAGGCCCUUCUGAAAAACGUCUUGGCUCCCCCCUCCCCAAAAGCUCCUUUGUCUGAUAAGACUGGACAAGUCCCUGGGGACACUCAGGCAGACUGAACAGCAUCCACGAUGUGGAUGACCAAAGCAGGAGUCCAUCCCGGUCAUAGGCCAAACCAAGCCAAAGAUAACUCUGUUGGCCAAGCUUGGCCCCCUGGCCACAGGCUGCACCCCGAAGCCCUCUCCAGAUGGUGUUCAUUUUGGGUGCCACCUUCAGGAGAGGUAUAGACUGCUUGAAGCUUGCCCUAAGGAGGGUGCCCAGGGUGGUGAGGGGACUUGAAGCCCUGUCAUGUGAGGAUAAAUUGAAGAAACCUAGAAUGUU